AACCAGCCGCGCGUCCUCGGCGCGCUUGUUGUGAAGUGCGCGCACUCCGCGUAUCUGCGCUCCACAACACACGCAAAUGGCAGCCGCGGAUUCGGGCCGCAGCGGCGUCUUUAAACCAGCGCGUAGGACGUGAUUAGUCUGGAGCGUGUGACCCACAGAACCACAGCACAAUAUUCCUAACAGAAAAGUUCUAGAGCUUCUGUGAAAAAUGAGGCUGAGCUGUAGCGUGGACGAAUUUAAUAUUGUAACGAAACUUUUAAAAAUAAGCGGCGCCACGUAUUUGUUGUAAUUAUUAUUAUUGACGUGAGUUGCGCGGUGACAAAGUAGUAUUUUAAAAUUGAUUAUUAAUAAAAUAAUGAAAAUCAAAAUCUAUUCAUACAAACCUGGUAAAAGUUGGUAUUUGUGCAUCACUCUCCAGGAGACGUUUCUGGAGAUGAGGUGCUAAAAAUAAAAUUCAUUCUUGUGACCCACACAGUCCAAAUCUGACUUUUAAACACGUCUUAACGAAUCCUUGCUGCUACAAAUUAUGGACAUUCACUGUUAAUUUCAGCAGAGGCGAAACUCGAGUUGAACUGGGUUCAUCGGUCUCCACGUUCCUGUCAUGCGCUAUUCACAGAAAAGCUCCAGUUCUGUGGGCUCCAAAACCAGUAAGAGACAUUUAGAAGUGAAAGAGGCAUCUGCGUUAAAUGUGUGUGAAAAAUGCAUCACUGUAAAACGUCUGGACCAAAGCAGGCUGUGAAGUUGAAUUUCCAAAACACAACUUUAAAUUUAUUUCCCAAUCACAAAGGCUGCACUUCGCUUUUCCUCACUCGUUCCUUUUCGGCCGCACAGCGGGAGUCUGUCCGUCCCAGUCAGACCUCUGGUCCUGCGCGUCCGCGGUUCCGCUGCACGUCCACACCGUUUCAGCCCCUCGCGGUUCCGAGGCUGGCGGAACACAACGGGAGAACCACACCGUGGAGCGGAGCAGAGCUGGAGGAACGGGAUCUGGAUCCGAGUUCGCUUUCUGCGGAGGUCACGGCUGCAGACCCCGGAAGAAUGCGAUGCGUGAGUCCCACGUUAAAACGGCCCCGCACGGAGACAAUGCGGGCGCAACGAGGCGCGACGCAGCCGAGAACGAGGCCCGAACUUCCUCCCCGUUAAACGGUUAAACGGCACGUUAAACGGCGACGCGUCCGCACCGCGCGUCUCGGGCCGCUCGUGGUUAAAGCUGAACCGGUGCCGCCGCGGAGCUCGUGCUGUGACGUUCCGCGCGCGUGUGAACGGAGGGUACGGGAGGACAGGCGCGCGGCGGCGGCCUGGAGGCGGCUGAUAGACGGCGCUCAGGGAGUUCCCCGCGUCCAGAGCCGCGCUGCACCUCAGAUAAGCGCGUGCGGCCGCAGAUAAGCAGCGACGAGCACCACGCGUUAAAAAGCAAAGACGCGCUUCUCGCGUGCUGCUUUUGGAGAGGACGCGCAGCGACUUUAAUUGUUUUACGCGUCCACUCGCUCCUCUAGUUUCUAACUACCCGGUUCGACGGAUUCUCCCAGCGCCGGUUCGGACCGGCCCACGGCGGCCUUGGCACCAACCAGUCGUUUAUUGUCUGGACCGUCGCCCUGUGUCUGUUGAAAACCAGUCCGCUGUCCUGCGGCAUUUUGUUUUGAGCAGGUGCUGCGGGUGGAGGUUCCCUCAUAAGGAUGAUGUCUUCCAUGCAGGCAACCCCUCCCUUCCACCCACCGCCCGAAGAAGCGGAGCCGCUGGAUCGGGACGCUGCCUCCUGGGCCGGUGACGAGCGGGACGGCCCUAAGGAGACGCAGAGUCCCUCGUCGCCCGAGCGGCCCCGCUCCGAGGAGCUGCAGCCGGUCAGAGAGAAGCGGGGCGAUGCCGACUGGGAGAAGCUGGGCCCGGCUGCGCUGGACAAUGAGGGCGGCAAAGGCUGCUCCGUCUACUCGUACCGGACCAACUCCACCUCUCCGUCCAAGCCCGACGAGGGUUUCAGGGAGCGCGGGGACCCGGGCAUCGGCCUGGCCUUCGGGACGCCGGAGCGCCGCAAAGGCAGCCUGGCCGACGUGGUGGACACGCUGAAGCAGAAGAAGCUGGUGGAGCUGACCAAGACGGAGCAGGAAGAGUGGUCGUGCAUGGACCGGCUGCUGUCCAGGGACUGGAAGGAGCGCGUGGACCGGCUCAACGCCAGCGAGCUGCUGGGCGACGUCCAAGGUACGGCCGAGUCUCUGGAGGAGAAGGAGCGCCAGCUGUCCACCAUGAUCGGGCAGCUGAUCAGUCUGAGGGAGCAGCUCCUCGCCGCCCACGACGAGCAGAAGAAGAUGGCGGCGUCGCAGCUGGAGAAGCAGCGGCAGCAGAUGGAGCUGGCCCGGCAGCAGCAGGAGCAGAUCGCCAGACAACAGCAGCAGCUCCUGCAGCAGCAGCACAAGAUCAACAUCCUCCAGCAGCAGAUCCAGGUCCAGGGCCACAUGCCUCCUCUGAUGAUCCCCGUGUUUCCCCACGACCAGCGGUCGCUGGCGGCCGCCGCCGCCGCCCAGCAGGGCUUCCUGUUCCCUCCAGGCAUGUCCUACAAGCCAGGUGAGAAUUACCCCAUGCAGUUCAUUCCUUCCACAAUGGCAGCUGCAGCGGCGUCUGGACUCAGCCCCUUACAACUCCAGCUGUAUGCCGCCCAGCUGGCAAGCAUGCAGAUCUCACCCGGAGCCAAGAUGGCGCCCAUGCCGCAGGCUCCCGCCUCCUCCGGCCCCCUCUCCCCCUCUGCCCUGAAGAGCGAGAAGCGAGCGUGCAGCCCCGUGGCGCAGGUGAAGGAGGAGGCGUCCACGCAGCCUCUCAACCUCUCAUCCAGACCCAAGACGGCCGAGCCGCUCCGAUCCCCCGCCUCCCCCACGCACAGCAUGUUCCCCGGAAGCAAGAGCAGCCCCUCGGGCCUGGGCCCGGGCCCGGGCAAGGGCCGCGGCCCCAGCCCCGUCCCCAGCCUGGGCCGGAACGCGUCUCUGGACAUCCUGUCCAGCCUCAACUCCACGGCGCUGUUCGCGGACCAGGACGCGGUGAUGAAGGCCAUCCAGGAGGCGCGGAGCCUGAGGGAGCAGAUCCAGAGGGAGCAGCAGCAGCAGCCGACGGGCCAGAGCCUGGAGGCCAAGCUGUCGGCGCUCAGCGGCAUGAGCCUCAACAACGGCAACAAGGAGCGGCUGCACUACGAGACGCUGAGCCAGCACCUGGGGAAGCUGGGCGACGACGCCGGGAAGAUGGUGCAUCGAGUCAUCGACCUGACGAGGCCAGAGGACCUGGACGGCAGCAGCGUCGCCGAGGCGCGAGUCUUCAGGGAGUCGCGGGGCAGAAGCAGCAACGAGCCGCACAUCAAGAGGCCCAUGAACGCCUUCAUGGUGUGGGCCAAGGACGAGCGGAGGAAGAUCCUGCAGACCUUCCCCGACAUGCACAACUCCAACAUCAGCAAGAUCCUGGGCUCGCGCUGGAAGGCCAUGAGCAACCAGGAGAAGCAGCCCUACUACGAGGAGCAGGCCCGUCUGAGCAAGAUCCACCUGGAGAAGUACCCCAACUACAAGUACAAGCCGCGGCCCAAGAGAACCUGCAUCAUCGACGGGAAGAAGCUGCGCAUCGGCGAGUACAAGCAGAUGAUGCGUCUGCGGCGUCAGGAGAUGAGGCAGUUCUUCGUGGGGCCUCAGCCUCCGAUCCCUCUCAGCGGCAGCCCGGGCGGCGUGGGAGUUUACCCAGGCGCCAUCUCCAUGGCAACGGCGGCCAUGCCGUCCCCGCACCUCACCUCAGACUGCUCCAGCAACUCGGCCAGCCCCGAGCCCGCCAUCCCCGUGAUCCAGAGCACCUACGGCCUGAAGUCGGAGCGCAGCAACGGCGGCGCCGGCGCCGGCGACCCGGCCGUCGGGGACGACGACAUGGACAUGUACGAGGACUUUGAAGACGAGCCCAAGUCAGACUACAGCAGCGACCACGAGACGCAGGAGGCCGUCGGCGCCAACUGAGCAUGAGAAACCGCUGUUCUACUCAGAGAUUCUCUUAAACACAGCUUAUCACAGCCGACUCUGAGCGCGCUCAGACCGGCUCCGCCCCUCGGACAGCAGGAGGCUGACGCCUGGUGGGAAACGAGACUCAGACUGGACUUCCUUCACUCCGACAAUCUGAAAGGGCCGAGCGUGCGUGGUGUCUUCAACAGCUACUUGGUCUUAAGUGUUUCAGGAGUGAUUUGGUUUCUCUUAUUAUUACGCAUUUACUUUCUUCUCCUUUCGACCGUCUGACAGCUCACUGCCUGGACAAAACGACUGUCAGAACUUGAAAUUUGAAAGUUUUAAUAUAAAUCCUAGCUCUUGUAAUCUUAUAGUCUUAAUUUGGUUUCUUACGUUUUUGUUUUUUUCUUUCAUUACAUUACUGUUUUUUAAGAUCCCAGCUCAGGUAUGAUGUGCCAGCUUGUGAAUGUGUUGUUUUCUUUCUUUGUUUUGAUUGUUUUCAUACAAAAGAAGUGACUGUCAAUGAAAUAAAGGGAGCAAGGUCCCUUAUUAUUAUUAUUAUUAUUAUUAUUAUUAUUAUUAUUAUUAUUAUUAUUAUUAUUAUUAUUAUUAUUAUUAUUAUUAUUAUUAUUAUGGAGUCAGUGAGUCAGAAGGUUCCCUGACAUUGUACAGAUUUACUUCAGAUGUGCCAAACCUGCGUCACAUUCACUCUGGAUGUCUAGUCUUAACUUCCGAUGCUGCAGAAAGUCUUAUCCAAUCAGCUUCUCCGUCUGAUGAGUUGCGUUCCUGCCUAGUUAGCGCUGAACCCAGACGCUCAUCCGCCCUUCAGUCCCGCUGCUCUGGUGCUUUCAUUGCACACAGCUCCUCAAGGCCAAACACGAGAACGUCCCCACGAGGAGCAUUUCUAGUUCACUGUAUUUGAAUCGGUACAAGAUGUUACUAUUUUUAAUAGCUUGUUAAUAUUUGUAACUGUCUUCUCGGCUUCACGUGGAAAAGAAACACCAAACUUAAAACAUGAAUUUGUAUAAUUGAGCCUGUUCUUUUCAAAAAGGGUCCUUUUCUACGUGCCAUGUAUAUUUUGAAGAUGCUAAAUUAUUGGGCGAGGGUUGAGGUGGAGACCAGCCACUCAGCGUCUCCGUCAGAGCACACGUCCCGCUCCGGACGCUUUUCCCGUUUUACAUUCUUUCUUUACAUCCAUUGCGUGAUUCUUUUUCUUCGACCCGUUUCCAUUUUGUGACCUGGUGCUUUCUGGGUGUGCAGCUGUUCCACGGUUUGCUCUUCACCGUUUCUACACAAGCUGGGACUGAACAAGGCCUCAGACGUUUCCUUUCGUGUCCACAUCCUAAGCACUGGAUAGAAACUCUUUGUUUUUUUAGUAUGGACUAAUGUGAAGUUGUUUGAGUUUGAACAGUCACAUGCUGCGUGUCCUUGGUGCCAGACGCUCUCAGAAGCUCGUCGUCCCCUCCGCUCUCCCUGAAGGUAACCUCAUCCGCUGUGGCCCGCGGAGUCCUGGUCACACACCUUUCUGUGAUGAGUAUUGUAUUUGAAUUUCAAUUGUGCGUUUUAACAUUUCAUUGUAUUUAUUAGCCGCUUUGGCUCUAAAACGUGUCAGUACAACUUGGUGAGAAAGACAAUCAAGAAAAAAAAACAAUAAACAAAUAAAAACAUGAAACCUGA